UGUACACACACGUGUAUACGAAAACACGUAUACAAGCGCGUGUAUACACACACGUGUACACGUAGUGUACACACACACACGUGUACACACGCGCGCGCGUGUCCACCACUUAAACCUCCCGGGGUACUAAUCAGGCGAUGGAAACGAGGUGGCACUCUCCGACUGUCCACGUGACUCUCCUGCUGCACCUGCUGCAUGCGGCCACCGCAGUGGAAGGGGGCAUCUGCUGGCUGCGUCGGGGCGAGGGUGGCAGGUGCCAGGGCUCGCUGCUGCAGGUCGGCGUCUCCAUGGCCGAGUGCUGCUCGGCGCACGGGCCGGGCCGCGCGUGGAGCGGCCUCGACGCCUCCCCGGAGAGUCUCUUUCGCUGGAAGCUGAGCGGCGGCGCCACGCCGUGCGUGCCCUGCAGCCGGGGCUCCUGCGACCGCGUCGAGUGCGGCCCCGACCAGCGGUGCCGCGUGGGCCGCAACGGGGCCCCCCGCUGCCUCUGCGCGCCGCCGUGCCCCCCGGCUACGCGCGCGGGCCCCGUGUGCGCCUCCAGCGGCCGCACCUUCAGGGACGAGUGCGCCCUGCUGAGGGCCCGAUGCCGGGGGCAGAGGGGCCUCUCCGUGCAGUACCCGGGGCCCUGCAUGAGGUCGUGCGCGGCCGUGCCGUGCCCCGGCGCCUCCGUGUGCCUGCUGGACCAGAGCAGCACGGCGCACUGCGUGAGCUGCAGCCUGCGUCCCUGCGCCGCCACCACCAUGACCACGACCACCACCGAGGUGCCGCCACGCUCCACGCUCUGCGGCAACGACGGCGUCACCUACCCCGGCGUGUGCCACCUGCGCCGGGCCACCUGCCAACGCGGUCGCUCCAUCGGCGUGGCGCACCACGGGCCCUGCCAGGACCGCCCGUCCUGCGCCGACACGCGCUGCGGCCCCGGCCGCCGCUGCCUCUGGGACUCGGAGGCGCGGCGGCCGCACUGCGUGCUCUGCCCCGAGGCCCCUUGCUCCACGGCGGCGACCCGCCACGGGCCGGACGAGCGGGCGGCCGUGUGCGCCUCCGACAACGUGACGUACCCGAGCGCGUGCGCGAUGCGCGAGGCCGCGUGCGCGCGGGGAGUGUACCUGGAGCCGCGAGCGCCGGGAUUCUGCGGCCCGACGGUGGAGUACGACUUGGAGGACUUGGAGGAUGAGGUUGAUGAUGAAGACAACGGCGAUGGCGGCGGUGGCGACGAUUACGCCUCCGAAAUGGGCGAUGACCUCAUAGAGGCAUGGGAGUCUACCCAACGGCUCGAUCCGCAAAUCACCGCGUCGGAAAGGUCAAACGGCCGGGACAGCCGGUAAACAAGAAAAAAAAACACGCACGCAGAGGUCAAACGCCCGGUUACCAUUAUUCUCUCCGUGGCAUGCCACUUUCACCCCCUGUGUGCUUUAAAGCAAAAGUUUGCGGGGUGGAUCUUCCAGUGAGAGUGCGUGCGUUCGUUUAGGCGCGUGUGACCAGAUUCGUGUGUUAACUGUUGACACGGUGACACGUGCCAGAUUCGCCGUGUUAAACAGAGAAUGCGGUACAGCAAAAGGCGCAAGGUCCUGCAAGGAUCGAUUGAUUCCCUAGCCGAGGAUACGAGCGGAAGGUCCGCUGAUUCCCUCGAGCGUAGGCUGCGGUGACCGUAUUGUGGCGAGACCAACGAUGAUGCGAUAUAGAAUCCACGAGAGUUUGGUCGUCGUCUGUUUGCAAAAUAUUUAUCGUCUCUCGUUCGCUCAUUAUUUCCUUGCACGUUAUUUACAAAAUAACACGCACGGCAAUUGAAGGUUCUUGAAAAUAAACGGCUGUAACCAAUUUAAAAUGAGCGCUCGGCUCAACGUUUUUUUUUGCUUGGAGUAAUUAACGGACCCGGAAGUCACGUGAUACCAUCACUUCCGCGGCUCUUUUUUUCAAAUUUGCUGAAUUUAAAAUGACAGCGGAACUGACGGCAUGAGCGCGACAGAUGGUGACAUUGCGACGGUCAGGAGGCUCGCUUGCAGGCCCACGCCGAGCGACGGGUCCUCUAAAGCCGCACGCUACGCGAGGCAAAUUACUCGGUUCACAUAAGCGCGUCCAGUGCUGGAGCGGUUUUGUUUAAUGGUGCCCGCCGUGAUGCUUUGUGAAGUGCACAUCUCACUGGCAGCCAUCGGUAAACUUUGGUGGUUGUAGAUUUGAAUGUGGAUCGGGGUUCGAAGGCACGGGAGCAGAAAAACUCAAAUGCUUUGCUCACGCCACUGCCGGCGGAAGAGCCUCCACUCGGAAAAAAUAUAUAUAUUAAGGGCCUAUCCAGAGGGCAUUUUUUUCCUGCCUACUAUACCACGCUGGGCAAACGUAUUGGGAGAGGUGUGAGUGUCCACACUUUACCCCGCCGCAUUCGACCCGACGAUGGACUCGCUGUGGUGGCGAAGCUGUGCGCACUGCGGGGUGGACAGAGACGGCGGUGGGACUUUAAGAACCUUGCCCCAUUGUUGAAGCCGCCGCGCCAGGGAGAUCGGCUCGAAGAGUCCAAUGGUGCGCCGAUCGUUAUGCCACAGGGGGAAGGUGUGAUUUGUUUAAUAACUACAAGGCACUCCCCCCCCCGCCCGCCACCCCCCGACGAUGAGGAAACACUCAGCGCCCUUCGAAGACCAAAUUACUCCCGGGGCUGAUGAAAUAUGGCAUGGGAUGAACAAUAGCUGAGGGGUUAGGGUGGGGGGGGGGAGAGCUUGCAAAAUGAUAUCAUGUCUGGCCAAACCAGCUUGUAAUAAAAUCUCUUUAGAUAAUACAACCCUUUAGAUAUUAUUUUUACACGGCUGUUACAGCUGAUGCAUUGCAUUCUAUAUAUAUAAAA